CCACAAGUUGCACAAGAAGGGGAAGGCACGCAAGCCAAACAUUCGAAGUAGCCUUGGGUUGAAUCCCUUGCCUGUUGGGUUGCCACGCAUAUGCAGCAGCUAUCCAUCUUUCACUCACACCGCACCGUAUCCUGUAGACCUUCUGGACCGUCUCCUGUAUCUCUCGUUAGGUCGAAUGGUAUCAUGUUGUAUCUUGAAUGUUUACCUUUCACAACAUAUGAUCAUAUUCAACCCACCCCCAGAGCGACGCUGAUCCGCAAACUUGCUUUACAUAAUGAAGAUCGGACUUCUGGUUCUACGCGGAGAUGCUGUUGAGGAGAGCCCAAGUACUAUCGAUCUUAAUCACUAUAUACCUCAAACUCGUCAUCAGUUUCAAACCCUUUACAUCGGCAAGUCUAAGGCAGAGGCCGAUAUCGAUGACAUCUGCAAAAAUGGCUAUGACAUCGUUCUAAAUUACAUGGCGGCAGAGUCGGCCGAUGAUGUUUCAACAGCGGCAGCGAUCACGAGAUAUCUCGAGGCGAAAGAUAUCUCAGUUCUCAACCGUCCGCUCUUCACUCAAACCACCGAGGCGGGAGAAGAAACACGUCGUUUCCGAAUGUCGAUAAAGACACCCGGAAUGAACCUGCAACAUCUCAAGGGCUACAGGUGGGUCAUCCUAGCCAUGGAGAUGGGCCAAGAGGAGAUGGUGUUUAGUCCUGCUCAAUGUGGUACCUCCAUGUGUCUUGAUGGAGACAAUCUACAUCCCGCAUCGGCAGAUUUCGCCUGGGUCAGGGAAGGUCCCCUGCAGUCCCUGCUGAAGUCAAUGGCGUUGGAUGUGCUGAGAGUGUCUGGUGGUGGAUUUGUGCGUGUGGAGGCUUCGUUACAUGCAGAGGCUGACAGUAUGUACCUGGAGGGUCUCCUUUGCCCUCCUCGCGCAUUUUACGGCGAGGGGUAUACCACUUACGAGGACGUGGUGAUCAAAGAGGAGUUUCCUGGUGGACAUAUGGCAUUCUUGGACAUGCUGAUUACCAGUAAGCAGAUCCGCUCCGGUCAGGAUCACGCCCGGAAUCAACACCUGGCGGGUGUUUAUGAUGGCUUUGCCCCUCGCUACCAUGCUGCUCGGGCCAAUACUGGGCUGAGUCGGAUGCAGGAAAAUAUGAGCCGAGACUACAACUUCUCGGGAACAGUCCUUGACCUUGCGUGUGGCAACGGUGAAUUCGGAGCCACCCUUCAUGAACAUGGCGUCUCCGCAAAAGUCACUGGCGUCGACGUCUCCGAGGGGAUGACUCGGUCGUCAUACAUUCAGGAUCACUACGAGAAACCGCUCUUGAUCGGGCCGAUGGACGAACUUAUCAUGGGCAUGCCUGAAUUCGACCAUGUGGUUUGCUUCGCGGCAUUCCAAUUUCUGGAUCCCCUCCACCUGACUGCGUGUUUAGCUCGCAUGUUCAUGAUUGCUCAGAUGUCGGUGACUGCGAUCCAUGAGGACCUCAGUGAGGCGUACAUUGAAAAUAUGAAGAAGCGAAACGGUGAACUGUGUAGUAAUUUCAAUCAUAUCUCUACCCUGGAGGACUUUGGUGUGCCUAAGGGUUGGAAGCAAGUUCUCAUGGAACGAUUUCCCUUAUAUGAUAAUCCGAAUCUGGGGGAGACUGUGUAUGGAUUUGCGGUUCGUUUUGAGAGAACGUAAGAAGAAUGAAAUUAGCCAGUUAAUUCAUUCUGAUUUACCACUACCGCUAUUCUUAUUCUUCAGAUAUUUACUAUGCAUGAAUCGGGUUACUUCAUAAAGUCACUUCACACAAUAAUCCAGCAAAUCGGGUUAAGCUCGCGCCCGAUGCCUCAUCAAAUCAUUACCCAACUUACUUCUUUGUUUUUCUUUGUUUACUGGAUAUUCUCCGUAUUUCAUUCGCUAACAAUCGGCGACUGCCCAUAGGCUAAGCAAGGGGGGGAAAUGAGUACUAACGGGGGAAGUUAAUAAGAGUACUUGUAGCACCUGCCGC